AUGACCAUGGCACUCGUGAAUGCCUCGAUGGCCGCUGACGAAGAUGCCCGAGAUUACGUUUGCACCGUCCCCGGCUGCGACAAGGCCUAUCGGCGCAACGAACACCUGGAGCGCCAUCUGAGGUCGCACAGGCUGCAGAAGCCGUUCGAUUGCCCGGUUUGCCACAAAAACUACGGUCGCCAGGACGUCCUCAAGCGCCAUAUUGCCUCCCAGCACUCGUCGACCAACAGCUCCCACCGGCCCAGUCGCCGUCGACGUCGGGUUGUGUCUGCCUGCGACCGUUGCCGCUCCCGCAAGGCCGCCUGCACGGGCGAGCUACCCUGCCAGGCCUGUCAAAGGUCAAACUGCCUCUGCCAAUACCCUCGCAACGCCCCCGAGCCGGUCCUCGCCGCUGAGGCCCUAGCAGAUGUGCCAGUCGAGCUGCCCAUGUCAGGUCCUACCGCGCAGCCCUCGCUGAACACUUCCAGCUCAGUGCAAGAGCAGCCGGCCGGCGACGGAUGCUCGGACGUCGAUGCCCUGCUACUGGCGGAACAGAGUGGUCAUACACAAUCGGCUCAUGUUUCAACACCCGGCGGUCCCGAGCGAAACGGGUCCAUUAUCACUUUGAGUUCCAACGAGGCAUUAUGGGAAGCACUGGACAGGCCAGAAUCUCAAAACUCUCGAGAGAUCCAGGCAGAGGCUUCGCACUUGUCCUACCCGCUGGUCUCUCUGCAGAGCCCCGAGCGAGGCUAUCGCGUGGAGCCCUUUGCGCCGUUGUCGAGCCUUGAGGCAGAGGCCGCGCUUCAGAUGGCCGACCCCAACCAGCCAUGGCCAAGGUCACCAGUCACUUCUGAUUCAUCUCAUGCAUUCACAAUAGCUGCCUCAUCCGCUGACGAGACUGGUGUCCUCAGCGGCGACCUCUCUAGUCUUGGCCAUGACAACACAUGUCUUGAUGGCCCGUCCCGGGAUGUGAUGCCCGCUGGUGCUACCGCACCAAGUUUCCACCCUAACACGCAGACAGUCGACUAUAUCUUCGACUCUACUUUUCAUGGGACUGCAUUCCCUCUGGGUGCCCAGGACCUUUGGCUUCCCGCCCCCUCCGGCAUCUUCAACUCCACUAUCCCCUUCUUAUCCACAACUAACGAAGUUGGCCUUCCACGGUCGUCCCAUAGCGAUGCAUGGGCUCUGGGCAGCAUGCCACUGUACAACGAGCAUUCCAACACGGUGCCGAGAGCCGCUUCACCGACCUUGUUUCCUCUGGGGCCCCGCGCCCUCAAGCACUGCAUUAAUGUCUUCUUUACCAAGUUUCACCGCCUGUGGGCAACGGUCCAUAGGGCAACAUUCAACUUGGAGGCGGACGACCAAGAUCUGGUAGACACCGUGGCCAUGAUCGGCGCGUGGGAGUCGGGCGUUCCCUCAUGGAUGGACGCUGCCCUUGAUCUGCACAAGUUGAUCACUAAGAAGCUCCGAGAGAAAUUGUUCGACCCGUCGCCGAAGCAAGACGUAGGGCUGCGCUGGCCAGUAUCUACGUACCAGACUUUGCUGCUGAAUGCGAUAUUCACACUUCAGGUCUCAGACGACAAACUUUUCAGCAACGCAUAUAUGCAGCACAGCAUGACGCUGUCCGUGUUUCGUGAGGCCGGCUUAUUUAACGAGCAGUAUAGUCUCGCACGCGACGACCCCAAAGGCGCCAUUCCCUCCAGCUGGCUCAGACGCGAAACCUUGAAGAGGCUGGCUUACUUCGCGUUUCGACUGGACAUAUAUUUCUACUUCUUGCGGGGGUACCGCCCGAUGCUGAGAUACGAUGAGCUGUGCCUUACGCUGCCAUGUUCCGAGCGACUCUGGGAGGCGCAGACUGCUGAGGAAUGGCACAAAGUGAAGCUGAUCGAGUCCAGGAAGCGUAACCCGAUGCAUUUCAUGCACUUGGUGGAUCAGGUCAUGGACCAGGAAUGCCGCGCCGCUUUACCCCCCCUGCUGGAGGACGAGUACCUGUAUGGACUGUGCGCGAUACAAGCAUGGCUCUGGCAAGACGCUCAGCGGCAUCGCUCCCGCACAGAAUCAGGGCGGACGCGGUCGAACUUGAAGAACAAGACGCCCGCCAGCUUCUCCCAGAGCGCUGAAUUCUGGACCAGGCAACUGACAGUUUGGAGGGAGGGCUACAGGGACCGAGCACUCGGCCCGGCCCUGUCGUCGAAAGGCCACAGGGAGAUGCUUGAGAACAGCGCCAUCCCGCUGUAUCACCUCUCGCAGAUUGUCCUGAUGGCCAAUGUAGAAGUAAUCAAGGAGCUGUCGACCGACCAACGGUUGCGCUCGGGCACCUUCAGAAGACAGCUAGAGUCCAGCACGCUGCGAUGGGUCCAGACGUCGGAUGCGAGGUUGGCGAUAUGGCAUGCCGCCAAGGUCCUAAAACUGUUGCAGGAGAAGUUUGGCCACCAGGACACAGAAGGCGACCCAUCCUCGGCUAUCCCUCACGUAGGACUUAUUGCGUCGAUCGCGCUGUACGAGGCCGGACUCGUGGUGUGGGCCUACGCUCGCUCUGUCCAAGUCUGCGACGCCUGUUCCAUCGGCUCUAGCUUGCAAGCGGCCAGCGCCGGCCUGGAGUCGUUUGAGCUGUUUGGUACGGAGCAGGAUGAACCCUUCCGGCAGUGGCUGGAGCAUGGGGGACGAGAGCUUAUUGACGGACGUGUUGUAUGCGCUUGUAAUCUCGGUAGUCUUGUCGGUCUCUACGAGGCGGUUCUGCUACGAUGCGGCUCCCAGUGGCGCUGCGUCUCCCAGAUGGCACACUCGUUAUCAAGGUUAAAGCAGGGCGAUUGA